GCAGACCUUUUUUCAUCCUCCUCAAAUAUCCUCUUCCGGCAACAAUUUUCCGGCGACUUUUUGUUUUCAAUUCAGAUCUGAGAAAUCGAAUUCAGGCCAAGGUGGUUGUUGUAGGUUAUUAUUCAAUUUUUGGUGAAGAAAAUGUCGAGGACGGCGGCGGCGUCUUAUUGGUGUUACAGAUGCACGCGCUUUGUCAGAUUACCGGCGGAAGAUACCGUUGUAUGCCCUUACUGUGAGGGAGGAUUCGUUGAAGCCGUGGAAGCCAGCGAGGCUCCACCGUUGGGGACUCGCCGGCGUUUUCCUGCCACGGCGAUGUACAUGCUUGGAAGCAACGAUCGAUCAGAUCUACGGUCCAGGCGUGGUGGUCGGCGUAAUAACGGAGACCGGUCUCCGUUUAAUCCGGUUAUCGUGCUUCGCGGUCCCGCAGAAGGUAGCGGUGCUGCGGAGGAUUCAGGCGGUGGAGAGAGAGGUUUUGAGUUGUAUUACGACGAUGGAGCAGGUUCCGGUCUACAACCGUUGCCGCCAACGAUGUCGGAGUUUCUGAUGGGAUCAGGAUUUGACCGACUGCUCGAUCAGUUGUCGCAGAUCGAGAUAAAUGGGUUAGGUCGGUCAGGACAUCCUCCGGCUUCAAAAGCAUCAAUUGAUUCGAUGCCGACUAUUGAGAUCUCACAUUUACACGUUAGCACGGAAUCGCACUGUGCCGUUUGCAAAGAAGCGUUCCUGCUCAGAGCUGAAGCUCGUGAGAUGCCAUGUAAACACAUCUACCACUCCGAUUGUAUCAUCCCUUGGCUCACUCUCCGAAACUCGUGCCCGGUUUGUCGCCACGAACUCCCUACGGAUUCAGCAGAUUCGAAUUCUAACAAUCUAGAACGAGCGGAACCAAACGAGGAAGAAUCAGCAGCAGUUGGAUUGACGAUAUGGAGAUUACCUGGUGGCGGAUUUGCAGUAGGGAGGUUCUCUGGCGGUAGAAGGGCCGGCGGUGGGGAGAGGGACCUUCCGGUUGUAUACACGGAAAUGGACGGUGGGUUUAAUAACAAUUCUGGCACCCCGAGAAGGAUUAUGUGGGAAUCAAGAAGGAAUAGUACGAGGGGAGAAAGUGGAAUAGGAAGAGUUUUCCGCAAUAUGUUCUCGUUUUUUGGGAGGCUGAGGCCAUCUUCGAAUUCAACCUCCAACUCCAGUGGUGCAUCGAUUGCAAGAAGCCGAAGUUUGUCCAGUUCCGUUUUCGGUAGAAUGACAAGGAGAAGAAGUAGAACUUGGAUUUUGGAUGAACAGAAUGGUAUGUCCCGAUGGUAGAAUUCGGUUCAAUGCCACCUCCUUUCUAAUGUAGCUUCUGUGCGAUUUGGAAUUCAAGGCUUAGGAUUGGAAUCAUAACUCAUUACGUAUGGAAUCUUGUUGGGGUCUGUUCCAAAACUACGAAAUUAGAGUACCAUGGACAUCGAUGUUCAAAAAUGGAGUCAAAGUUCAUUUGUAACGGAUCUAAGAGGUUGUCUACUGUUCAAAGCUAUCGAAAUGGAGGUCAUAAACAUCCCGCAAUGUAAAUAAAUAUGGGUUCUAGAUUGAAAUCCUUCAUUCUUGAUGGAUUUAAGCUGGCAAAAAGAGCCAAUUGAAUCGAAGAACUUGAUGAAUGCAUGCAAAGAGAGGUUAGUUUGUUCCUAUAAAAUCUAAUUAAAGGGCGUUUUGCUUGAAAAAGAACAUCCCUUGAUUUCCUUUCUGUAUCUGUAGAUUUUGUAAUUCGUUUAAUGAAGUUCAUUUCUGUUCCACAUUAACAC